AUGAGGGUUACACGAUGUCUGUACAACAAUAGCAGGACAGCCCUGUAUAGGGUCUUCGUCUCGCCCUUUGAAAAGGUGGAAGCGUUAUCCCGCAGAAGCGCCCUCGCAUUUCCUGCCUCCAGAACCCUACCGCCAGUAUUAUCUCCCCCAGUGCAGUCUUUCGCCCGUCACGCAGCGCUCGUUCACCGACCCCGGAAGCCGCACAGAUCGACAACAGACUGGAAGGCUGCGACCAAGCCGGGACAGCUCCCCGCCGACGAGAUGAUCCGCGACCGCGAAAUUCUGGUCGUCGACGACGAUACCAACAAGCUCACGGGUCCGCACAACACCCACCGGGUGCUUCAGUCGAUCGACCCGGAGACGCAGUCCCUGCGGAUGGUCUUGCGGCCGCCGCCGAACCCGACGGGGAACCAGCGCCGGUAUGCCAUCUGCCGCAUCGUCGACAAGCGCGUCGAGAAAGAGCGCGAGAAGGCGCAUGAGAAGGCUAAGAAGGAGACUGCGCGCAAGCUGGCGCGGGUCAAGGAGCUCGAACUCAACUGGGCCAUCGCGCCGCACGACCUUGGUCAUAGGAUGAGGCAGCUCAAGAGUUUCCUUGAGAAGGGGUACAAGGUCGAGGUGCUCUUCGCCAAGAAGAAAGGCAGCAGAAUCGCGACGAGGGACGAGGCGCAGACUCUUGUGCAGGCGGUGCGGGAUGCCGUUGCCGAGGUUAGGGGUGCCAAGGAGUGGAAAGAGCCGGACGGGCAGCCGCUUAAGGUCAUGAAGCUUUAUCUGGAUGCACCGGCGUCGGCUAAGGCACCAUCUGAAUCUCCUGCCAGCUCUCCUGCCAGCUCUUCGGAGAACUGA